AUGGAGAAAAAACGACAAGAACGAAAAGGAAAAGGAAACAAAAACAGUGAAUAUGAAUUCAUACUAGAAAUGAUAGAAAAACAUAAUGUUCUCAGUGUCAAUGACCUUUUACAUAAACAAACAGAAGAAGAGUUUGCACUCAUGUACAAAACACUGGGAACAGGAUAUAAAGACAAAAUACGAUCUAUACUGGCAUUUACAAUUAAAAAGAAACAACAAGAAAGUAAUUCUCAACCAAUAAUGAUCCAACUACAACGUGCAACAAAAGAAACACAUCAAGACAGAAAUGUGGCAUGGCUGAAAUAUCUAUUCAACAAAAACAAUAUCAAUAUCGUUGAAUUCCUCUCGUGGUUUAUAAUGAUAGCAGAUAAAAAAAUUACCAAAAUAAAUACUCUAGUAAUAGAAGGACCUACAGGAACAGGAAAAACACUAACACUUGGUGCACUACUAAAUACUCUGAACACAGGAACAAUAACAAGAGGAGGAGACACAAACCAGUUCCAUUUCCAAAACCUCCUAAAUAGAAACUUUGCACUCUUUGAAGAACCAAGAAUAAAUCACGCAACUGUGGAUGAAUACAAACUACUCCUAGAAGGUUCUACAUUUGAAAUUAAUGUGAAAAACAGUGACAUGGAACCACUAAAAAGAAUACCAAUAUUCAUAUCAACAAACAAACCAAUAGACUAUUGGGUAGCACCAGCAGACGGAGCAGCAUUACAAUCAAGAACAAAAACAUUCCAAUUCAAUAUAGAAAUAAAAGGAAUGAGCGACAGGAUGCCAGCUCACAACAGCCUCGACCCCCCACCAGGCAGGAUCACAACAGCAGACGUCUUAUAUCUCUACUACAGAAACAAACAGAAAAUAAAUGAGUUCAUUGCCGUAAGUAUUAUAUUAUAA